AUGGCAGCAACAACACCCCCACUUUUUCACUCAUCUUCUUCUACAAUUGUUCGUUCUUCUCUCUCUUCUUCGCUUUAUUCUCACUGCACUCUUCCUGUUUCUAUAAGUGCAGAGAUUCCAUCGGCCACCUCCAUUUGUCUUUCUUCCAAACUUUUAUUGCAAGGAUUUAUUCGGCCCAUAAGCACAAAGAAUGCAAUUUUGCUAUUCACAGGCUCUGAAUUGCCCGCUGUUGACACUCAGACUUUCUUGGUUACUGUCAGCGUGUUGGGUGCCAUUGCUCUCUCCCUUUUUCUUGGUCUCAAGGGAGAUCCUGUUCCUUGUGAGAGGUGCGCUGGAAAUGGUGGUACAAAAUGUGUAUUCUGCAGUGAUGGUAAGAUGAAGCUGGAAACUGGGCCGGUUGAUUGCCGUGUAUGCAAGGGCACAGGCUUGAUAUUCUGCAAGAAGUGUGGAGGUUCUGGAUAUUCAAGACGUUUAUAG